AUGUGUCAAGAAGUUGCAGACUUAGAUACAUUUGUCAGUUGCGUGGCAGAGAAUAAUAUUACGCGUGAGAAUGAGGUCUUCGUCUCGAAGACAAUUGCUCGUCUUACCAGCAAUCACAAGGACGUAAGUUCCAUGAACAUCAUUAAAGUGGCAGACAUUUUGGAGGAUCUCGUAACCACUGGUGACCCAACAAAUGAGAUUGCUACGAAUAUCGUGACGACAGUCAACAACAUCCUCCAAGUUGACCAGACUACCUUUAACGAAGUUGAAGACAACUCACCUUCACGAAUCGUUCAGGCCCUGGAGUCCUACACCACUGCCUUACAGCUCACGGGUGCCGGCAAUUUUACGGAGACUCAGAAAAGCGUUACCGUUCUGGCACUGACCUUACCAAUAAGUUCCCGGCCGAGUGGUUUCUGGUUUGCAACUCUACGAAAUCCCGAUGCGCCCGACAAGUUAACGAAGAAUGAUACCGCCAUCCGCCACGAACCCGAUGAGUUAUUGGAGACGGAUGCCUCCAUAUUUCUUCCUGCUGAAACUCUUCAAGCAGAUACAAAUGGAGAUACUGUUAACAUCAGUGUAUUUGUCUACCAGAACAGCAAGUUGUUCCGGUCGCCUACACUUCGCGCUAAUGAAAGCCCCGGUGAAUUCCGGCGUUCCACCGGUAGUCGCAUCAUCGCUGCCACGGUGGAAGGUGUCCAAAAAGACAAGUUAUCAUCACCGAUGAUAGCCAAGUUCGAACCAAUCAAUAUAAACGAUGAAAGUGAGACAUCUGAAGGGUAUGAAUGCAGGUCCAAGUGUGUUUACUGGGAUUUCAGCCUGAAUAAUGGUUUCGGAGAUUGGUCCACAAAAGGAUGCAAGCGGGAGAUGGAUAGCGAGGGAAGAAUUGUUUGCGUCUGCGACCAUCUGACCAACUUCGCUGUAAUUGUGGAUAUAUAUGGAAGAAGCAGUGUCGCGCUUGACGUCAUCAGUAAAACGAUAUGUGGUGUGUCCAUCGUGGCUGUUAUUGUCACCGUGGGAACGUUCCUUGCCUUCAAAAAAUUCCGUAGCAAGCGGCCACAACGGAUCUUGCUCAGCCUGUGCUUUGCUUUGCUGGGAAUGUACUUGUUCUUCUUGGCAGGCAUCGAGGCAUCUCCCUGCGGAGUAUCAUGCGGAAUCGUAGCUGUCCUGAUCCAUUACUUCACUCUGGCUGCAAUGUUCUGGAUGGCCGUGGAAGCUGUCAACUUAUACCUCCUGCUGGUCAAGGUGACGAAUGCCAACGUUUCUCAUUUCAUGAUCAAGGCGUCCUUAGCAGGCUGGGGGUUGCCACUGCUGGUUGUGAUCAUUAUUCUUGCUGCAGACUACACCCAGUAUUCCGACAACAAACAUUGCUUUUUGAAACCCGGCAACGCCUUCUACUUUGGUCUGUUGCUGCCAAUCGGUCUGGUUCUCCUCUUCAACUUCGUCAUCUUUGCACUGGUCAUGCGCACGCUGACAUGCCAAGCAAAGUACAUGGGCAGCAAAAGCACACGCCAGCAGACGGUCCAGCGCCUGCAGAACGCCGUGGCCAUUUCGCUGCUGCUCGGUCUGACUUGGAUCUUCGGACUCAUGUCAGCUAUCAAGGCUUCCACCUUUGCCUUUCAGCUGCUAUUUGCCAUUUGUAACUCCGCCCAAGGUUUGCUUAUCUUCCUGUUGUUCUGCGCGAGGCAGCGGGAAAUUCGCGAGGCCUGGCUGCCAUUCUUGCGGCGCAUUCCGAAUCGUCUGUACCGGAGAAGCGACUACGUCUCUUCAGCGAGGGAGACAACCAGGAUGAGUACCAUCAAUAACAGCACAUCAGCUCCAGGAACUAGUAUGUCCCUCUCCAGAUUGAGUACCGGUACCGGGAGUAUUUGUGUUCCGACAGAUGAUGAUGUCGGCGACUCGUUUUCAGGCGCGAUUUCUACAGAUCUCAAAAAUUAA